AAGAAAAACGUCACAGGAUGUAGACCGGCACUCACGCUUAACCGCGUUUCAGUUGCAGGGUUGCACAAUAUGCUCUCACUUCAGUAAACGACCCACAAUAUUAUGUAUACCUAACAUUUCCAGCCUAGCAACGGUACGGAAAUUGCGAUCAGGAACAGCAGAGAAUUCGGUCUAAUAAAGUUUUGGUUUCUAUUUUGUGGUGAAAUGGAUGAUUCCACUGUUGCUGACACAAAUAUUGAUGAAGGAUCGAUCAUUAUUUAUCUAGGAGUUUUUGGAGUGAUAUUGCUUCUCUUGUGUCUCAUUUGUUACUGCUGUCAAAAAAAGCUUCAAGAUGACGGUGAUUUACAGACCUUAAACGGUGAUACACCAUAUAUAACAAAUGAGGGAGGAAAUAAUCACUUUGUAACCAUAGAUCGCGAGGUAAAUGAAACUACAACACCGUCUCCACCUCCAACUUACGAUGCUGUUAUUGAGAAAGAAAUACCAUUUCGGUUUGGUAACCAGAGUCCACCAUCAUAUGACGUAGCGCUGUCACACCAGAACCGCCUAGAUGACAGUCUAGGACUAGAGGACUCUUCAGUUUCCAUACGACCGGUGUAUCAAAGACUAUUAACAACAUGACCUUUGAUACAUUUUCUACAAUCUUGAUGUACCUGUAGAGGAGGAUGCUCAAGUGUUAAGUAAUAUGUGUUUUUGUAAAGUGAUAUUACUCAGAUAUGAAAUGUGGUCGGAUAUCGUCUGCAUAUAAUGUUGAGCUCAACACAAUUACUUUGUGUUCGAAGCAGCUUCGUAUGACAUUCCGUUUUAUUCAAGCAUAUUUGGAACGACACAUUCCUCAGAAUUUGCAUUUGAUUGAAGUACUCUUGUACUUGAUGGAAUGUGGAGAAGACUGAGCUUAAGUAUGUCUUAGUUCUUCAAGGAGCCAGGGAUUAAGAUAAUAUUUGUUUUAUCUAUCUCCCGAGCACCCCUUUGCUGAUCACGCGGCCUGUACAUACACAUACAUGUAUUUAGUGAGUAUGGCAUGCACAUGUUGCUUAAUCACAUCCACAAUUUUAAAUUAACUGAUUGGUCAAAAGUUACAUGUCAAUAAAGAGCAGUAAACAAGGCCCAAAUUACUUUUUGCUUACAGACCCUGUGACGUGCUAUGUACAUCUCUGUUCCCAGGUCUAAUCUAUAAGCUGACACUAGGCUAGACCUUAUCCUUAAACUUUCAUUGGUUAGAACCAAAUCUGCCAGUAAUGACCCUAUUUGUCUCAGGUUCCAAUUCUGUGACAGAGGCAAGCAGAUUAUCACCAUAGGUUUUAAGUCUGCAGGGUUUUAAAGAUUAAUUAUUAGUAAAGAAAGUUAUAGGUUUGGUCCUUAAGUUGGACUGAUUUCAGGUUUGUGACUGUUCGCUUUGUGUAGUUCUAAAGGUAUUGAAUCGUAUUUAUACUUAUUAUUUGUUGUUAUUUUAAUUUGACUGGUUGAGCAUUGUUUCCCUUACGCUCUGUUCCUGGACUAUCUGUACUUGUUGUUUUAAUUUGACUGUUUGAAUCUUGUUUCCCUUACGCUCUGUUCCUGGACUAUCUGUACUUGUUGUUUUAAUUUGACUGUUUGAAUCUUGUUUCCCAUACGUUGUGUUCCUGGACUAUCUGUACUUGUUGUUUUAAUUUGACUGUUUGAAUCUUGUUUCCCUUAAGUUCUGUUUCUGGUCUAUCUGUUCUUGUUGUUUUAAUUUGUAUGUUUGAAUAUUGUUUCCCAUACGUUGUAUUUCUGGACUAUCUGAAUUUGUUGUUUUAAUUUGACUGUUUGAAUCUUGUUUCCCUUACGUUCUGUUCCUGGACUAUCUGUACUUGUUGUUUUAAUUUGACUGUUUGAAUUUUGUUUCCCUUAAGUUCUGUUUCUGCACUAUCUGUUCUUGUUGUUUUAAUUUGACUGUUUGAAUCUUGUUUCCCUUACGUUCUGUUCCUGGACUAUCUGUACUUGU